AUGCAGAUUAGUAAGGACGAAAGAACGCCGGGAAUCAUCGUUCCUAGCGUGGCAGCUCAAGAGCAACUGAUCCGUGAAAUUUACAAAGCCGCAGAUCUUGAUCCCUCGCAAACAGGAUAUGUCGAGGCUCAUGGUACCGGAACGCCGGUCGGUGACCCAUUGGAGGUGCAGGCCAUUGUAUAUGCCUUGAGCAAACAGCCCCGUGAAACGCCGCUGUACGUCGGAUCCGUGAAAUCAGUCGUCGGCCAUCUGGAAGGAGGAGCUAGACUGGCAGGUCUUAUAUAUGCUGCGCUGACUGUGGAGUCUAAAAUCAUUCCGCCCGUGGCUGGUCUAGAGACAUUGAACCCGCGAAUCAUCCAAAGGAAGGAUCUGAAAAAGAUCCGGCUGAGCAAGGAUUUGAACUGGGAUCUUAUGAUUUGGUUAUCGCGACACGUUCUUCACGCCACGGCCGAGCUCAGUGUAUGUUUGAAUAAUGCUAAAAAACUGCUCAAGGAUGGCGGUGAUCUUAUUGUGAUCGAGAAUGUAAAGCCGGAACUAAUGUGCUCCCCUUUGGGGUUCGGCUUACUCCCAGGAUGGUGGCGCAGUGUUGAGCCUUAUCGACGGUUUAAUCCCCUGAUUGACGAAGAACAAUUGCACGAGGAACUGAAGAAUGCCGGCUUUCACACUAGGUUAACAAUCAAAGACACAGAUGACAAGGUCUACGAAAUGUCUGCUUUUGUGGCAACAAGAGUACCCUCAUCGCUGUCCACAAAACGUCUCUGCAGCAUCAUUUACUCCUCUGUUUACAAUGGGCAAUAUGAAUUAGCUCGCCUGAUUGCUGGAAAGAUGUCAACGACCGAAUGCACUUGCGCUCUAGUCGACCUGAAUGAUGUUUCACCAAAUCACAUCAACGCAAUUGGAAUUGUGUUGCUCGGAUACCGGGGUCUGGACCUCUCCGCGCUCUCGGAGUCGGAGUUUAAGAAGCUCCAGUAA